CUCGCAGCAUCCCUGCUCCGGAGUAGUGCACAGUGCGGGUCGCGCGCGCUCGCGAGUUUUGCAGAUUAUACACGCGUAUGAGUAUACAUACCUUAUACCUCGCUCUCUGUCUGUGUUCGUGUGCUGCACUCGAUCGUGCUAUCGUUAUACCGUAUAACAGAGCGCGAAUCGUCGCUGCGCUGCGAAAUUGCGAGUUCCGAUCGAUCGUUAAACACACAAGCGCAUAGAGUGCAAGGUUUCCCCGCUGCAGAAAGUAGUUCAAGGAUACGACCUGCAUCGACUCUGCACUUCGUUUGCCCGUGGAGAUAUAUGUAUAUGCGCGUUGCGCUGCGACGUAGUUCGGGUUAGAGAUAUGUGAAAUUCAAACAUGUGCAACGGCCGGGAAGAGCCAGUGCAGCGAACGUAAUCGGAAAAUCGGUGCCAUGGAGUAGCGCGGAGAGCUAUGGAGCCGAACGAGAGAUCCUCGGAAUAAACGUAAGAGGAGACGCAGAGCGCAUUCGAGUGAGAAAGAGUCGUGGUGCGCGGGGAGUAUAGAUAAUACAGAGAAGGAUAUAGAUAAAAUAUUCCGCGUGGAUAGGUGGUGCUGGUGCUGGUGAGUUUGGUGCUUGUUGUUGUUGUUGUUGUUGUCGGGAUAAAGAAAAAGUGCGCGAGAUGAGAUCGAGGACGAGGAUGAGGAUGGGGAGGUCGCAGGGCUGAUAUGGGCCCGUGCGGUGCGUCGGGAUGGUGAGCGUCGUCGUCGAGAGCUGACCGACGAGUCGAGGACUGGACUCUCUGCCUGGAUCGAGGAAUCCUUCGGGGUACAGAGGAGAUACUGGCGGCAGACUUAGGAAGAACGCAGGCGACUCAAAGCCGGGGAGGAAAGCUCGUGCGGCAGAACGCAGUCGAGGUGGUCGAAGGCGAGGAGGAUGCUUCGACGACUGCUGGAGGCCUCGACGGGGGCCAGCGGACCGGCGGCGGCCAGCAGCAGCAGCCUGCCGCCGGCCACGCCGGCCCUCCCGACCAGUCCGGCCGCUCAGAUCACGGCCUCGACUCCGGAAAGUAGUCAGGUCGCCGCCGCUGCCAGCCUCGGGCCGCCCAAUUCCGGCCAACAGCACCCCUACAACUCCACCCUCUACCUGCCCGAGAACGACGAGCUCGAGUACAGUAUACUCGCGGCGUUCUCGGAUAUGGAAACUGUCUUUUUGGCCUGCAUCUCGACGCUCCUGCCUCUGAUCGUCGCCCUGGGAAUAGCAUUUGGCAUCAGGCACGUGUGGCGAAAGUACCGGGAACGACGGAGCAGCACGGCGAGCGGUUUGCCCUGGUACAGGGGCGUCUGCUCGCGGGACGAUACGGCCGAGUCUCUGCACCACCGGCCCCAUUCCUCAGGCAGCCAGACCAUCCAGCCGCCUACGCAGAUUCUCUCCGCUCAAGACUUGGUGAAUGGAAUAGACGGCCCGCGCUACAUCUGCGAGACUGAGGUGAUGGAGGAAGUGGCAUUGGCGGCCGGAGGGAGCACCGGCUAUACCUCCCCUGGGUGUCACACGAGCAAAAACGCCAACGGGAAUAUUAUCACUCUGACGCUCAAGAAUAACCACCUCAUCGUCGAGACGGAGGAGCGAGCGGUGACGAUGGAGGACACGAGGAACCGAAAGUACCAGGACACCGGCUGCUCCGUCAUCGUCGAGGCGCCUCCGGGGUACCAGAAUGAACCGAGCAGCGCCAACCCAGGCUCGUCGGACGACAUGGCCUGCCGGGUCACUGAUCAGCAAGCUCUGGUCCACCGCGAGGAGAUCCCUGAAGAUCAUUCUUCCGCAUUCGACAAUGCCAAGCUGUUCGGCAGCACGAACACAGGCCUGUCGCAGUCGGACCUAUCGAUCUGCAGCCAAGGCUCGGUCAACCCCAGCUAUCGAUACGGUAAUCAGCUGGAAUACGAAGCGGGCCACUUUGGCUACCCGAUGUACGGCGCAGGCGAGGCUGUACUGGACUCGUCUCAGCGGAAGCUUGAGGCCUCCUCCAAGUGGGUCGAGUUCGACAAAUCGCCCGACACCGAGAAAACCCUGCUGGAAGACUCCAAGACGCCGAGUCUCGAAAAGGACUCGAGCGAGAACGUCUCGGAGAGACGUAACAACAACAAGCUCGCCUCCUCGGGCUCGUCACAGACGGAUCUGAGCAGCAGCACGACCGUUCUCUCGAUCAUUAACGGAGCAGCUACCGAGAUGACGAACGAGAUUAACUCGAUGUCGACGACGAAGCCUGUCAUCAUGGGAGCCAUACUCAAAGACGAGGCUAGCCUUCAGGAGGAUACGUUUCAAGAGCAGCAGCGCAAGCUCGGCAACGGCACGCUUACGCCCGAGCAUCGACGGCUCGACGAGGACAAGAAUACGCGGUCGGAGUCAAACAACGUGGACGCGGUGACGAGGCCGGAGGGCAGCGCUUUCGUGCCGACUCACAAGAGGACCGGCAGCAUACCUCCGCGACUCAUCGAGGAGAGCAUCGAGAUUGAGCGCAAGAAGACUCUGGACAUAUACAGCCAGAUAAAGACGAGCACCAAGAACAUAUUGCCGGGCCUCAGCCCGAAGUUCGAGCUGCUGCAGAACGAAGUCAGUCCCGUCGACGACAAGGAAAGUUAAUCCGUCCUCAAAGGAAGCUCGAUUUUCCAAUUGUAGAAACGUUGUGUAUUAUUUAUUGACCUUACCUUCUUUUCGAUGAAAUAAACUUUAUCGUUUUGGUGGCCCUCCUUAUAUGAACGUUGACAAAAAAGACUAUCAACCGACGUCAACACCUCGUUCUUCUUCGUGUCACGUCGUAUUUACACUUUAUGUUACUCCGUUGUCCAGUUAUUGUAGAAACGUGCAACAGACUUCGUUGAGGUACAGGAUUAUUGCAAAAUUACGUCAAUACUAUAACGAAUGAAUACAUGCGUGCCAAGUUACCUAUAGGGAAUAAAAAAACAUACGAUAAGACUUUUCUCAUACUUUCAUUUUUAAACUUUAUCGUUCGUUUGUCGUUAUGCGCAUUUUAAAAGCUCGAUGAAGAGAAUAACAAAAAACAGCAAACGCAAGACUACGAGAAGAAUCUUAAAAAUUCGCGAACGCCAAAGGCACGAAGCCUCGAACGCCGCGUGAAUUGGUCAAAUCGAGGAAAAGCGUAUCUGCGGCGUCUCUCAUCGCGACUGCUGGCUUGUGAAAAUCAGAUUGCGGUCGAAGUCGACAAUGUACUCUAAUGACACUCGGCGUCUUCCCCUAAUUCACUCUGUUCCCGACGUUAUUCUCUCCCCCUCGGCUCUGCAGCGACAUUCUAUCGUUUUGCUCUUGCUCUCGCUCUCGUCCUUACGGUCUCGUUAAAAUUUAACAAUCCCCGCACACCUCGUCAUCAAUGUUAAACUUCAUUCGUUCGAUAAAUAAAUAAAUAACGAACGAAUCAACGGACGCGAGGCGUCGCUUUGUUCCUGCCGGCUUUUCAUUAUCCUCCGCUCCUCCGCUCGCUCGAUCUCUAUCUCCGCGCAGGAGCGAAAUUUCUUUCGCCGUAGACACUGAGCGCGCGGGCGAGUGCGAGGAACAAUUGUCGACUAAUGAACUCGAGUUCUGCAGGCUAUACACACACACACACACAUAUACAGCCUCCUCUAGUGUAACGUAGUUUUAGCUCCAGCCAAGACAAGAGACUGUGCCGGAGCUGGAAAGUGGUCUAUUCCUGAGUUGCUCUUUGCGAUAAAAUAAACCGAAAGCCGUAUAAAAAGCAGUGCCACAAUUGUCUCUCUUAAUUUGCCAAGAAUAAAAGUCAGCUGAUUUUCCGCGGAACAAUCCACCCGAACCGCGAUAAUGCUCAAAGUUUUUCAAUCCCUGCUCUCUGCCCCUCUAAUCUCGAGUUUUACCAUAUACCUAUUAUAUAACGCACACGUUUUGGAUAUCGGGAAAGUUGGCGAGCGGGGCGAGAGACUGAAUGGAUCUUUUGGAGUCGCGAUCCGUACUUAGUUAUGAAACAGGGAUGAGUUGACCGACCACGAGAAUUAGACGAAGAGCCGUGCGAGGGGCGUCGGUCCGAGCCGCGCGCGUGUGUGUGUGCGCGCGCGCUGUCGAGUGCAACGGGUGCGCACUGCUGCUCUCCGUAUUUCGGUAGCGACGGAAAGUUAUAAUGGAAGUGGUGCUCGGAAAGUGAGCGAAUGACUCUCUUGCUCUCUCUCUCUCUCUCUGUGUGUGUGGAUGCAUGUCUAUGUGCAGCGCGCGCGAGAUAACCCGAGGAAAUGGACGCUGGUCGUUUCAAUACACACGGAAAGUAUAGGCUAGAGCCGUAACUCAAAUUCCAGAAGGACCGGGAGUUGGUCGAACUUAGUUCGGGAGGGAGCAGAGGAUGUACGUGUAUGUAUGUGGGAGAGUUGCAGCAUAGAGAUACGCGCGUGCUGUUGGCGCUUCGCUUCAAAUCCUAAUUUGUGCGGGUAAUUAGUCGCCGGGCCACGAGCGCGAGCCUAAGCGAUGAUCGCUGUCUAAUUGUUGAUGUGGAGGAAAAUUUCGUAUUAAUGGAUUCGCUUAGCCCUCGGUUUGACACAACUACUACGGAGCUUCGGACGUGGCUCUGGCGUUGACGAAUAGUUUUUUGAUGAAGGAUAUAACAUUCCGUUUGUUGAGAUCGAGAGUUUUCGCCCUCUGUGUUGAGCCGUGAAUUUGCAUGGAAAUUCGUAAACAUCACAAUAAUUGUAAAACUUGUGUAAAUAUAUGCAAAUAUUUGCUUGUGUCGUUUUCUUAUAAUAUGAGAAUGCUUUCGUCUAUAUCGUACACCUUCUUUUCUAUAUCGAUAUAUAUAUAUAUAUAUAUAUAUAUAUAUUGUUCUCGACUAAAGGCGAACAAAAUGAAAAAAAAAUUGUGUGUAAAGAGAAAAAUCAAAAUCGCGAGCUCACAAUUUGUAAGUCGUAUGUAAGGCUGUUUAUACACAUUUUCAGGCCAGUUCUACGGAGUUUUUUUAAAUCAUAAUAAGUCGUAGCAACAGAACGUAGAUGGGAAAAAAAGAGAAAAAAUUUUGUAACGACUUUUAGUGAAUUAUUAUGCUGUAUAUGUAACACCAGGUGCACCAAUCUUACUAAAUCAGUUUUUUUCGUAAAAAUCCUUUGAAAAUAACGGUAUGCUUUUAUAAUUGAUCGACUCAUAUACGGUAUUAGUUAUUUCAUGUUUGAUAAUAUAUUCAAUUGAAUAAACUGUCGUUGAUACAAAUGCGUGACACGUAUUCCGAAUGAAACAUUCAUCAACUUGUUUCAUCAAUUUCACAUCAGCACGUCCUGUACCUUUCGACUUUUGAUUUUGUAAAAUGAAUUUCGUUCGGUCGUGUCCUGUAUUAUUAUGCACUGUACGAAUGGAUUUGUACAUCGAUUCAUCAGACAUUCAUACUGAAUAAAUCCAAAACGUUAAACCUGGAACUCUUAUAAUAUAAAAUUAUGAGAGUUCUUCGGAUUGAAAUAGCACAGAAUAGCUCAUUUCUUCGCUAGCUAUUGUUUGAACACAGAAUGGUUUGGAUAACUAAAGGAACGUCAUAUUUGUAAGAAGAUUUUAUGAUAUAAGCGAUGCGUUAUUGAUUCUUCAAAUUUUAUAUGCUUCUGUUAAAUGUUACGAUUAUACUAUGGUUAUUAUGGUUGUUGUUGUUCUAAUGUUAAGUAAGAUUGGCGUCUUUAUUCUAUAAUUAUAUACUUUCGACCUUCGACAAUUCAUGUGAUUAUACUGGUUAUCACACGACUAACGAAGUUACUUAUGAAUCGAGAAGACAGCUCUCAAUGAAUUGAUUAAAAACUGAUAAGCUGCUAAGGAUUUUAUUGGAAAAUUUGUUAGACUAUCAUAACGGUAUGAUAUACCUAUACAUGACUAUCAUUUUGUACAUACAUCGUGUUAUCACUCAAGACAUCCGUAAACAUAAUGAGGCAACGAAUAUUUGCAAAAUUUUGUUCAACAAUUCCCAAGAUUCAAUUUUUUUCUCGUUGCGUGUUCGAUGUCUUUCUUUCAAAAAUCAAUUCUAGUUAUUCAAGUGUGAUUGCCGCUCUACUAGAUUUUAUAACGCAAAACCUACUUCAUGUACUCCAUUAAACUUAUUAUCUUAACCUGGCUAUCUCGAAUUUUAGAAUGUGCGAUUAGAAUUCAGAAAAAAACGAAUAUUAGCCCGUAAGUUCUUUCAGCCGAUCGAGGGAUUUGUAAUGAGUUUUCUUUUCCUAUAUGACACUGUAAUCUCAAUAUGUCGAUAUGAUAAUUUAUCUACCUCUAGUGAAUAGCCUUCUUACCUUUACAUGUUCAAUAUUGAGUUAGAUUCGCCGAGUAUGUGAAAUCAAGUGAAAAAUAAUACAGAGUUAUUUUAAAUUAUCCAAGAUCGGUGGCGCGGUCAUGUAUCCUAAUUAAUUGUUCUCUCUCUCUCUCUCUCUCUCUCUCUCUCUCUCUCUCUCUCUCUCUCUCUCUCUCUCUCUCUCUCUAUCGCACUUCUCUAUACUACUCUUUAUCUCUAUAAGGCGUUCGAAAAAAGGUUCCGAAAGAGCAAACUCAAGUCAUGUAGGAAGUAUAGUCUUCUGAGACCGAAAAAGCAUUGCUAACCACGUGGAAGAUAUAGUAUUAAACAAUUAUUACUAUUAUAAUUACUUCGAAAAUUGUAUUAGAGAAACACUGAAUUAAAGAAAAAGCGAACGUAAGGUAAAAGUUUGUGAAGUGUGUAGUAUGAUUCAUAGGUUAAACGAACGUCUUUCCUACACUUAAUUUUUAUUUAUAUCAAGCCCGCAAAAAAAGCCUGUAUAUAAACGAGGAAAGAGAAAUUCGAAAGAAUCUUUUCUAACAUCGCAAAUCGCAAUAAGGAAAAAAAUUAAGCUUGUCUGUUAUAUUGAAAUAACUUGUUUCGAUGUUACGCUACUUGAUCGAGUUAUCUUAACCGAAUGCGAAUAAAUAAAAAUUAAGAACAGGAAAUCUCCUAUUUUUUAAUGUUUUUAAUUUUUUUAAAUAUAAAUCUAACUGGACCCGACCAUCGAAUACAAAUUUUAUAAGGAUUAAAUAUGUAUUAAAACAUAGAUUUAGAUUAAACUGAGUAACUCUUGUAACAGGGUUAAAAAAACAAACAACAGGUAUAGAAUCAUCAAAAUAUGUAAUAUUACGCGUACUAAGCUUUGGAUCGUGUGAUACUCACUUUGAUUUUAGAUCAAAAGAACAAUUGAUUGACUGUCCUUUUAGUUUUUGCGCAAUGCAAAUAGCUGUAAAAGUUGAAAGUAACUUGGCUAAAUUGUUACUCAAUAUUCUAAUGAUUGAAAAGGAAAAUUAGGAUCGGCGUAAGUAUACUACUUGAUUUCGAUUCGUAACUUGCUGUAAAGAAUCAUGUUGUAUAUGUCAAUUUAUUUUACAAAAAUAAACUUUCAAUCGUGAA